AUGUCUCCCGACACCAAGCUCUACAAGCAUCGCUGCCUCUAUGGCUCGUGUCCUGAGAGGUGGUCCAGGUUCCCGACCAACGAGGAAGAGCAUAAUGACAUAGAACAGAGCGCCUUGAAGGACCCGAUCGUCCAUCGACACAUCUUCGACGAUCAUAAAUGGCAGACCGAAUCUUUCACCAUCCAGAGCCCUGCCAUGCGGGCAGUCAUCUCGACCGUCCUGGACAAAUAUCAAGACCUUGAUCUUGAUUCAAAGAAUGAGGAGCACGAACCGCAGGCUGCUGCCCAACUCCUGAAAUUUCUCUCCCCGAUCUUGGCCCCCAAGGUUGAUGCGCUUGUCAAGACUCGCGAGACUGGGAACAUCAUGUUCGACGACCUGUGGCAGAUCUCCGCUCCACAUGAGUUUGUCAUCACCAGGUUCUAUGGUGUCGAAGCUGUAUGUCGUGUCACCAAAUACAAACUCGUGAAAGAACCUCGAAUGCCAUCAUACUGGGAGAUUUAUAUGGAGUAUGUAGACUGGAACGGCAAUCGUUGUGGCUAUGCCAACACCAUGAUUAUCAUCCCGGAAUUCCCUGCCUAUCGGCGCGUUACUUUGCUACCUGCGUAUCCCCUGUCCUUCCACAACUCACCUUCAAAGAUCCGCGAGCAGAUGGUAGAACGAGGCCGAAAGCUUGAAGCGUUGCGUGGCUACCACUUCCAAACCUGUUCUGGAUCAAAGAUUCUAUUGCCUCCUAGGAAGUCAGAGGAGCGACCGGUGUCUGGUCGAGUCAUUGUUGACGCUCACGCCUACUAUAUGACCAAUGACAUAGUGAAACCCGAUCUUGCACCCCUGGAUGACGACCAAGUCGGCCAAGAGAAGAAGUCGGACGAAGCUAAGAAGUCGGACAAGAAGGAGGCCAUAGCUCAUCAAUGUGGUUGGGACUGUGAACCCGAUUGUGAGGAUGAUGAUGACGACAGCGACGACUCAGAUACACCUAAGGAAACAAAUACGCCUAUGGAGGGUAAUGCAGAAAUGAUGGUGAAAGCGCCAAAUGAUACUGCAGGGCGCUCUGAGGAUCUCGAGCCCCUCACAGAUGACAUGUGCCUUGUUGCAACGCCCUGGUUGAAAGGCUUUGACCUGAAGACCAAGGAUUGGGCCCAGUUCUACGUGGAUGACCUAGCCCCUGUGGUGUGGAACGAUGCUGCAUUCAGCCAUCUCGAGCUUCCAGGCACAGAGAAGCAGCUUGCUUGGGAGUUUGUGGAGAGCAAGACUCUCGCCAAUAGCUUCGACGACUUUAUCCAAGACAAAGGUCGUGGCAUCAUCAUUCUGAUGUUUGGUCCACCUGGUGUAGGAAAGACCUAUACCGCAGAAGCAGUUGCUGAGAAGGCACGUGUGCCACUGUACUCCAUGAGUGCUGGGGAUCUGGGAACCGUACCAAAGGAGGUCGAGCUUGCGCUGGAACGAGCACUAACUCUCUGUGGUCUCUGGAACGCCAUGCUCCUCCUCGAUGAGGCCGAUGUAUUCCUCGGUGCACGAACCGAUAGCGAUCUAGCUAGGAAUGAGCUUGUAGCUGUAUUCCUCACCAAGCUGGAGUAUUACACGGGAGUCUGUUUCCUCACAACCAAUAGAACAGCCAGUAUCGACACGGCCUUCCAAUCCCGCGUGGAUCUCUUCCUACCGUACAAGGACCUGACUUUCGAAGCUCGCAAGAAGGUCUGGCAGAACUUCAUCAAUCGCGCUGGGGGUACUCAGGUUGAGAUUCCAGAUGAGGAUAUUAACAAGCUGGCUGAGAUGAAGCUGAAUGGCCGCGAGAUCAAGAACUUGAUCAAGAGCGCCCACUUACUUGGACUCAAAAAUGGUGGUGUCAUUCAGGUAGACCGGCUAAUGAUGCUGGCUCAGAAUCGGGUCGCUGCUCUUGGUGAGUUGAAGAACAACUGA